AAUCUAAAAAUUGGUCUUAGUUAAUAAUAACAAACAAAAAAACUUAUAGAUGAAUUAAAAAAAAAGAAACUAAAAUUUUUUUUUAUAAAGAAAAUCAAUUAAACAAAAACAAAAUUAAAAAAAAUGGUAGAUUCUAAUACGAAAAAAACUGUAGGAGCAAUCUUACAACUAAAAACUAAAGCUGGUCCUCGUGAUGAAGGUCUUUGGGUUAAUAGAUUAAAAGAAGAAUACCAAGCUCUAAUAAAGUAUGUGCAAACAAAUAAAGAACAAGAUAAUGACUGGUUUCGAUUAGAAUCAAAUAAAGAAGGUACCAGAUGGUGGGGGAAAUGUUGGCAUAUUCAUAAUCUGUUGAAAUACGAGUUUGAUGUAGAGUUUGAUAUUCCUGUUACAUAUCCUAGCACAGCACCAGAAAUAGCCAUUCCUGAACUGGAUGGUAAAACUGCGAAAAUGUACAGGGGCGGUAAGAUUUGCUUAACUGAUCACUUUAAGCCAUUAUGGGCAAGAAAUGUUCCAAAAUUUGGAAUCGCACAUGCUAUGGCAUUAGGGCUAGGUCCAUGGCUUGCUGUGGAGAUUCCUGAUCUAAUAGAGAAAGGACUUAUCGUUCAUAAAGAUGACAAAUCCUAAAUAUAUUUAAACAUAAAAUAUGCAAUUUUAUUUUUAAA